CAGAGUGUGUGUUGUGAGGCAUUUAUGAUGUGGUUUAUGGGUUUAAAACCAAAGUUCCGAUCCAGCUCUCUUGUAGGACCCUCUCUCAUCUGAUUCUCGAGUGAGAGGUCCACACCACAUAUAGCUACCUGCCUAACCUGCAAUGGUGUAGUAAGUAAUUCAGCAACAUCACACUCAUUUUAUAUAUAUGUGUGUAUGUAUUCACUACCAUAUAACUCUACGGUUUUAGCCUUAGGCUUCAUUUUCAAAAGGGUGGUUGCAAAAAUGGUAGCAGCAGUUCAAAGCAAAGGCUUUGUCAUCUCUAUUUGUUAUAGUCUUUUCUUAUUUGGCAUUGUUGCUGCUAAUGCUGUACCAAAACAACAAGAACUGGAUCGAAUUUCAUCACUUCCAGGGCAACCACCGGUGGGGUUUUCACAGUUUUCAGGCUAUGUUACUGUGAAUGAAAAACAUGGGCGAGGUCUAUUUUACUGGUUCACUGAAGCUACUAGAGUUCCUGAGAAGAAACCUCUUCUUCUUUGGCUCAAUGGAGGACCAGGUUGCUCAUCAGUGGCAUAUGGAGCAUCAGAGGAAAUCGGACCAUUUCGGAUUAAUAAAACUGGCUCAUCCCUUUAUCUUAACAAAUAUUCAUGGAAUAUGGAAGCAAACAUUCUAUUCCUGGAAUCACCUGCUGGAGUUGGAUUCUCCUACACAAAUACGAGCUCCGAUCUUAAAGACUCUGGUGACGACCGGACAGCUCAGGAUGCUCUUAUAUUUCUCACCAGAUGGAUGUCAAGGUUUCCGGCCUACAAGCACCGAGAAUUUUACAUUGCCGGAGAAAGUUAUGCAGGGCAUUAUGUUCCCCAGUUGGCCAAAAAAAUCCAUGAUUACAAUAAAGCUCACUCAAAUCCAAUCAUCAAUCUUAAAGGAUUUAUGGUAGGAAAUGCUGUGACAGACAAUUACUAUGACAGUAUUGGAACUGUUACGUUUUGGUGGAGCCAUUCCAUGAUAUCAGAUAGAACAUAUAAAUCCAUCAUGAAACACUGCAAUUUCACUGCAGAAAAAAGCUCUACAAGAUGUGAUGAUGCUGUGAGUUAUGCUAUUAACCAUGAGUUCGGAGACAUCGAUCAAUACAGCAUUUAUACACCGUCUUGCUUGGCAUUAACAAACAAAUCAGCCAGGCAUAUUAGGCUUGGAAACACUCUUUUGCAUCGACAGAUUUCGGGUUACGAUCCGUGUACCGAGAACUAUGCCGAGAAGUACUAUAAUCGACCAGAUGUGCAAAAGGCUAUGCAUGCAAAUACUACUGGAAUUCCUUAUAAAUGGACUGCUUGCAGUGAUGUUCUCAUAAAAAACUGGAAUGAUUCUGAAAAUUCAAUGCUACCAAUAUACAAAGAGCUCAUUGCAGCAGGUCUAAGGAUAUGGGUUUUCAGUGGAGACACAGAUUCAGUAGUACCUGUGACAGCCACCAGGUUUUCCCUUAGCCAUCUCAACCUCCAUAUCAAAACACCAUGGUAUCCUUGGUAUUCUGGCAAUCAGGUUGGAGGAUGGACAGAGGUUUAUGAAGGGCUAACUUUUGCAACAGUGAGGGGAGCUGGCCAUGAAGUUCCACUAUUUCAACCUAGGAGAGCUUUCAUUCUUUUCAGGUCCUUCUUGAGAGGGGAAAAAUUGCCAAACUCUAGAUGAACACAAUGCAGAUCCUACCAGCUACAGCUAAAAUCCCCCAUUUAAUUAGUUUUAUGUGUGGUUUCUAGAGUUAGGAAUGAUUCAUUUGAAUUAGGAUUGAUUGUAAUUCACUUAAAGACUUGUUAGUUCUAUUCCAUUUCGUAAUGAUCUGAACUAAAAUUGUUAAUUUACUGAGCGCAAGCUCUUAAUAUUUCUACAUUUCACCUUGAACAAUGGGAAAAUGCUGUUGCCUAGAUAA